GCUGCUGCUACUGCAAAAAAAAAAGAGAAAAACUCAUUCUCCCGUGUGCGUGGGCAAGAAAAUCGAACCGUGUUUUCACGGGUUGUGAUUGUGUUGCAUUUGUUUGGUGAAUUAAGUGUCGCAUUCCGGAUUGCAUUGAUAAUGUGAUGUUUUUCGUGGUGCAGCAGUUGGCAGUGUGGAAGGUUUUUUUUGUCUAGAUAAAUUCAUCACACUGGCAAAGGGCGCAGCAGCGAAGGUGAAGAAAUAAGAAGUGAUUCUGUGCUAAAAAAGAAAAUAUGUGUGAAGGCACGACGGUGCACUUCUUUCUUAUCAAUCGUAUUCGGCAGUGAUUCUAUAUUGUGUAAUAAUAGCAUGUGUAUUUAUGUGCCGUUCCGUGCGUUAUGUGAAAUGUGUGCAAAUGAUCGAAAUGCAUGUGUGAAAUUCUCUGGAGAAAAGUUUGUUUCGGACUCGUUCCAAAUAAGAGCCGUGUUGGUCAAAGCUAGGUUUUCGUAAGCUGUUUUGCGGUUGACCAUUUCAUGUGAAGGCAUAGUGUAGUUUUUAAAAUUUGCAGCUCAGUUGAACGCAGCCAUCGCUUGCCAAUGGAAAGUUAGACUGUGCCUGUGUCGAAUAGAUAUUAAUACAUCGUGAACUUUUUCUAUCACAUCCAGCCGAUUCCUGAGGCUACAAAAGCUCUCUCUUUCUUUUUUUUCUUUCGCUGUUGCUCACUCGCUGCUGGUGCUGCUGCUGCCUGGCUGACUGACUGACACGCAAACCAACCCAAAAAGAUUCCAAUUCUGUACCGCGGUGGAUGGAUCGUGGAGCGAAGCGAAAGAAAAGCCGUUCUAUAAUUUCACAUCAGUUUCGGUGAGGUAAAAAUGGAAGAACUCCCGUAGUCCGUACUGGUGGAUGGUAGUAAGAAUAAAUAAAAUCAACCGAAACGGUGAGAAGAGCCACGGCGCGGGCCCGCAUCCACGUCCGGAGAGGAAUAAACUUGGGCAAAGCAGCGAAAACCGGCAUAAAUUGCGUCGUUAGGAGCUAAAGUGAACUUCAAAGUUAUUACGCAGUGUGUGCAUUUACAGAUAGCGCGCCAGCUCGUUGUCGCCCUUGGGGGGGGUUUGCAAACGCUACAAAACGGCCGACCAGGGGUCGUGCAUUUCCAUCGAUUGGUGUGAAUAAAACAUGAAUCUCGUCAGUGGUAUCGGUGCUUCGUUCGAAACGGUUGGCACAACCGCACAAUCCACGUUCGAUCAUUACUUCCUGAGCUGAUGGAGGUCUUCUGAACGGGAGCGAAACCAGCAACUCGGACAUUAGCUGACCAACUGGAACACAGCAAACGGGGCUUGCAAUAGCUAGGCGUUAGACAGCCCUGAAGGAUAAUUCAUCAGUUGGAGUAGAGGAAUAUUAUACUCUGUAGUGUUUCGCGAGCGCAGCCUAAUACAACUCCUCUUUCGCUCUCUGUUGGUCCAUCUCGUAAACAACAUCAUGGGUAAAAUAAAUGCUAGCCAUAGUAACUAUUGUUACGAUAGCGUGUUGAUGCGGUCCGACGACAAGUAUCUUCGGAGCUGCAGCAAAGUCGAUCCGAUCGACGAACCGUACGAUGACGAUGAUGAUGAUGAAGACGAGGACGAUGAGCGACCAAAUGAAACCCUCAAGGUACCGGAUCGUAUAAAAUGGCGUGCGGAAAAACUCGACAACGUACGGAGCAUCGCGUCCGGAUCGUCGGACGAUGAGCAGGAAACACGUACCAUCCGACACGACAUUCUGGAGCGAAUUGAUGAAAAUCGGUUGGUUUAUCGGGCGGAAGGUAACGCCAACAUUGUGCUCUCUGUGUCGGACAACAAACAUGUGCUGCGGAUGCGAAAAUCUAACGUCGAAAACCGUGAGGGCAAAGGUGAUACGAACGUAGAUCUGCGACGGUUCGUCAAGUACUCGGAGGUCAUAGCGAGCCAGUUUUCUGCAUGCUACGUGCCAGCGCCGAAGCUGGCCCACCUAAAUACAUACAAUCUGCAGAUGUUCAAUGAACGAUUGCGAUGUUUUCGUCCCGCCAUGCGGCUCGGUAAGGAAAUACGAGCGCUUGAUGGCAUACUCUAUCCGGACGUAGCAUUCCUGCCGAAGUGGUUGUAUCCUGCGCGCGUGCGGGACUUCAGUCAGGACCCUAAAAUCUCUUCCACACCACCAACCCACUACCAAACGUACUGCGUCGAAAUCAAACCGAAGCAAGGCUGGUUGGCGUACGAAUUCUGUGAUAAUAUUCCCCUUCCGGAGUUGACCAACGGUGGGGACCUUCGGAAGUGCCGUUAUUGUUUGCAUCAAUAUUUAAAGCUCCAGAAGAAAUCGAUAGCAAAAAUUAGUAAAUACUGUCCCUUGGAUCUCUACUCUGGCAAACCCGUACGUGUUCUUCAAGCAGUGAAAGGCCUUAUUGGUGCACCGCAGAAUAAUUUUAAAAUUUUGAAAAAUGGCAAAGUCGUGUACGAUGACAAGCGAGAAAAGUCCAUGUUUAAUCGGAUACUACGAGAAAUGUUUCCUCGCGAUGGGCGUACAAAGGACGAGAGAAGCACAAUAUUUAUAAACCUCAUCAAGGAAAUUUUACUGAAAGACUUCACUACGAAUGAUGAACAUUGCGAUCGGAAGCUGUUGAACAUAAAAAAGGAACGAAAGAAGAAGGAUAAAAAUCAGCUUCAUGAACGUGCUUGCAGUUCUGUGAAUCAACAGUUUCUACCCAAAAGUUGCGCCUUGCGACAGAUUCUGGACGUUCAGCUAUUAGUAAAGUCGAGCAUUUCUACGAUCGAUCCAUCAUUGUUGGCCAAAUCACGCACAGAUCCAUAUAGAUAUAUUGACGAUAUGUAUGAAAAAUUUAUAAACUACAAGGAGGAUGCUGUGUACGACGUUCGCAAUAGUACCACCUGGCCAAAGGAACCAUUCAGUACGGAAUAUCUGUCCGAGGAGGAGAAAUAUCAACUCGGAGCCACGGCCCUGGACUGUUCGAUAAUGAUCACGUUCCGCCGGCUGUCUGGCGAUCGUGCAGAGGAAAACAGCCUAAACGAGACAGCGCGCAAUCACAUCGUCUCCAUCGAGGGUAUGAAGUUUCUCGUAAACGUUACGAUCACCGAUCUUGACCCAAAAUCGCACAAACAUUACGCCAAGUACGUGGAACAGCUGGCAGCGUCUGCUGUGGCAUACCGCGAGUUUACAAGCAAACUGCGACGUUAGAAGCACAUCCACAUUGUCCGUGUUGUGUGUCUCAUCACAUUACAUUAUACAGUCCAUCCAUAAGUGUGACUCCAAGACUAUACAAUACGCCUAAAAAAAACCCCGAUUCUAAAUCGAAUGAAACAACAAGCACACACUAGCGCCCAACCUCACUACGAAAAGCAAUAUUAUAUUUCCCUUCAUCCUGUAACAGUAGUGUUCUGGUUGUCGGUUUAAAAUCGAGACGAAUGAAAACUCUCUACCGGGAACUGCUCUUUACGGCACAGUGUGAGAGAGGUUGAUAAAAGUAUGUUUAAGUGUCGAAUUAGAUAAGUAACUAAUGAAUGAGCAUUGCGCACGGAGGAACAGAAUGAUGUUUGAGUGAGGUGUCUAGGAGGCAAAAUGCAAUGAAAGACGAACAAAUGCUAUCGAACACAAGAAAAAGGAAUAGUUUAAAGAAGAUUAUGUGGAGUUGAUGAAGAAAGUUUUACUAUUUAAACUACUUAUUUAAACCUACAAGACGUAACGAUGGUAAAAAACCGGAAAAGCAAUGUCUUAUAAAAUUUUGCGAACAGAGUGACAAGAGUACUGAACUAAACUCUACAUAAAUACACAUUUUAAAUUUGUUUUCAAUUAUAUGCACUAACAUUCAAUACUGAUGGUGUACGUGAGUUUAGUUUAAACAGUUCUAUUUAUUGCAGACUAUUUAUUAUGUUGUUUUAAUAGAUUUGAAAUGGAUUAGUUAGAAACGAUUUUCGGUAACACUAAGUAAAACUUAUUUAAAAACAUUUGAAUGCAUUGUCUUAUUUAUAAACAUUGUACUAGGGUUUAAUAUGUGAGUAAACUUUGUUUGAGUAAUUUAACCGCUUCACCAUGCACAACUUUAGACGGUAAGCUGGGUAUGAUUCAGUGACACUUGUGACACAGUAUUUAUGUUUGAUUUAGCUAAUUAUUCACAUUGCGCAGAAACUUCCGUUCUCUAUAGAGAUUAACAUUACAGAAAUAUAAGACGUUUUGAAACCAUUUUCUACUUGCUAACAAUAAGCGUGUCUGCUAAACAGUCGUGACAGAACUGUACCGUAUGGUUGUUUUAGAAUAGAUUACUGUUUGGAGU